AUGAGCACCCAGAACCAGCCACCCAACAUCUACCUUGUCGGAGCCCAUUGUACCGGGAAGACGACCCUUGUCGAAGGCCUCCGUACCCACCUAACAGCCAGUCUGGUCGCAGAACUGUGUGGGGAGAAUGCCGGAAGGCCCGCGAUCAUUGACGAGCUUGUCCGGAAAAUCAUGCGCACGGACGGCUUCACUGCAAGUGAUGUCAGAAACCCCACUGCGGGGAUCGAGCUUCAAAAACGCACCAUAAUAGCCCAACAUCAAGUGGAAGAGAAGCUAGAAGGCAAAUGGUUUAUUUCAGAUAGAUCAGGAAUCGAUCCUAUCGUGUACGCUGAGGUGUUCCUGGGACGACCGGCGGCUGAGGAGCUGACAAAACUGAAAGAAUGGCGCGUCCUUCGGGAGAAGAUAGAGAAGGCAUGCGUCAUCAUUUGCGAGCCCCAGAACGCGAGCUGGCUAUCGAGCGAUCAUGUCCGCGUGGCAUGUAACGAUGUUGAAGAGUGGCGUUCGAUCGCCGGAGCUUUCCGGACUGCUCUGCAGAGUCAUGGAAUUUCUUAUGUGACUAUCCCGGCUGGAAUAAAAGACUUGGGACAACGAGUGCAAUUUGUUGAAGGCCUUUUCAGGUCCUCUGCCAAAUCGGGGAUGUUUCAAUCAUGA